AGCUUUCUUUACCUCCAGCAUGGCUGCCAUCAGGAGCGGGGUGACUCCGGCUUGUUUAGCGAGAUGUUUCCUGAGACAGAGUGGAAAAACGAGCCGGGGCAGCCAUCCCCUUUCAGACAUAUGGAACCACCGGUUGCUUCAGAAGUCCCAUCUGCACACAGUGUUUGAGAGCCGCAGUCCUGCUGCCAGGAGUCUGCUGGGCCGCAGACAGCACGGGAAGUUCCUCUGGGUGAACGCCGUGGCAGUCAGACACAACAGCUCACGGAUUCCACCUGAGGAUGUAACCACGGCGACUCCAGUGUUGGACCUUCCUGUCCUGCAGUCUUCCCCCGUCCCUCCUCCCUCUGACCCCACCCCCAUCAUCGCACAACCAUUCACAGAGCAGAGACUGGUUGACACAGCGGCACCAUUAGUCAACACAACUCCUCCUCCAGUGUUGGAUUCCUCCGCUGAGCUUCUGUCCGCUGACUCUGCCGUUGUUUUAUCGCAGUCGUUCACUGAGCAGUUGGCUGAUGUCGCGCCGACUGCAGUUGAGGUCCUGCAGGCUGUGGCGGCAGAACCCAGAUUAACGGAGCUGGGAUUGGGCUCCUACACACCCGUGGGGCUGGUCCAGAACCUGUUAGAGUUUGCCCACAUGGACAUCGGUUUGCCCUGGUGGGGGGCCAUCGUCGUAGGAACGGUGUUUGCUCGUUUGGCCGUGUUUCCGGUCAUCGUGAAGGGCCAGAGGGAGGCGGCCAAGCUGAACAAUGUUAUGCCUGAGCUAAGCAAACUGAAUGCCAGGAUGAGCGAGGCCAAAAACAGUGGAAACAAAUUUGACUUUGCCAAGGCCUACUCUGACCUGAACUUGUUCCAGAAGAAGCACGAUGUGAACCCUCUCCGUGGAUUCCUGGUACCAUUGGUGCAGGCACCAGUCUUCAUCUCCUUCUUCAUCGCGCUGAGGAAGAUGUCUGAACUGCCGGUGCCCAGCAUGCAGACCGGAGGCCUGUUCUGGUUCCCGGACCUGACGGCAGCAGAUCCUUUUUAUAUCCUCCCCGUGGUCGUCACAGGAACCAUGUUUUUCAUCCUGGAGCUUGGUGCUGAGUCUGGAGUCGACAACCCCAACCUGCGAACCAUGAAGACCGUGUUCAGGAUCAUGCCUUUUGUCAUCCUCCCUUUCACUAUCAACUUCCCCACGGCGGUGUUCACCUACUGGCUGACCUCCAACUGCUUCUCCUUGGGUCAGGUCGCCCUGCUCAGACAUCCUUUUGUCAGAGACAAGUUAAAGAUCCCAGCAAGGAUCCAGCACCCAUCCUCAGCCAUGCCCCAAAAUGAGGGCUUAAUCGAAAGCCUCAAGAAGGGCUGGAAAAACGCUCAACUGGCCCAGCAGCUGGCAGAAAGGGAAAAAAGAAUCAAUAAUCAUCUGGACCUCGCUUCUAAAGGUCCACUGAGGCAGACUUUUAACCACAAUCCCCUGCAGCAGAAGACCCCACCCAUGGUUGCAGCAUCCGCUAAAGCAAAACCAGCUAGCAAGGUGGCAAAGCCAUGGAAGGACACUGUUGAAUAGAUCAGACUGAAGAUGAUUUUUGUAAAUAUUUAUGGAUGGAUAAGAGGACAGUGUGGGAGGAAAAGUUUGUCAUUAUGUAUUAUUCUAAUUAAAAAUGUCAAAACUGCCUCAAAACAACAACUUUGGUGCGUGUUGUUGUGAUUUUUGAGUACAAAAAGGUAGCGCUGCAAUAAAAAGUCGACUAAACAGUUGAUUGAUCAGAGCCUGUUAUCGUUGUCCGCGUUCAUGUAGGUGUCUAUCUUGAUUGAGUGAUUACAUGAAACAUGUCAUUGAUACAUUGGUUGAUAUAAAGAAUACAUCACCAAUAAAAAACAUUUUGCCUCCUCA